AUGGAAUACCAUGAAAGUACACGUCGUCAUGGUACUUGUAUUAAGUUUUUAAGUGAUUUUCGAGCACUUUUUAUCAAAACAUUUUUUUUAACAAUACGAAAACCUGGUCAAACUAUUGCAGAGAUCUUGUUAGCAUAUACAUUCAUGGGGCUUCUACUUGGUAUGCGUUAUAUUCUUGAUCGUCGGUAUUAUUCUGCUUAUCAAAUACCUCGUUUCAAUCCGUAUAGUAGUCUAUCAUACAAUGUGGUUGGUAAUAUCACUUAUUACUAUCCAGGAAAUAUAUGUGCAGCAACUAUUGCUACUAAUGCUGUGCAUGAUCUCAACGCUCAAGUCUCAACUUUUCCUACUAAUAUUCAAGCCAUAUCUGAUCCAACACUUUCAACAUUAUCAAAUACAACCUUACAAUCACUCACUGCUUUUAUUCAAUUUACCAAUCUUGAUUCAUGUACAAAUGCUUCAACAAUGCCUGAUGAAGUUCAAUACACUUUACGUAUGCAAGAAAAUGGUCCAAAUUAUUAUCAUGCACAAGAUGUGAUGAUUUCACCAAAUGCUUAUAUGUGGCAACGAGCUCCAGAAGAUUUUUGUCAAAGUAUCUCAAGUUUUUCGAAUUAUCUUAAUCGAUUUCUCGGUGUUCAAUAUUCUAUAAAUAUGAAUAUUAUUAAAUAUGUUACAAAUACUACUCAAAAUUUAGCAUCAAGCAUCUUUAUGAAUCAUUUUGGUUGUCCAGCAUAUUAUUCUGAUCAAUUACAGUCGAUAUAUGGGUUUUUUAUUCCAAUAUUCUUCUCCAUUGUUUUUGUUGUUACAUUUAUUAUGAAUGUCGGUUAUGUUGUUCAAGAACGAGAAAAUAAAACAAAAGAAUAUCUACGCAUUUAUGGACUACGCACUUGGAUUAAUAAUUUAGUGUGGGUUACUCGAUCAAUGAUCAUCUAUUUUAUUCUCAGUAGCGUAGUGACAGUUUUGAGUCUGGUAGUUUUACCAAGUUCUAAUUCAAAACCAGGUCGUGUUAGUAAAGCCUUAUUCAAUUAUACGCAUUGGACAGUGCUUUGGACAAUUCUAUUUGUUUAUUCAAUACAAGUCUCAGCAUUUAGUGUCCUCUUUGGACAGUUUUUCAAACGUCCAUUACUUGCAAAACUUCUCGGUUUUGUUGUAUGGGUAAUCACAUUUAUUGAUUUUUAUCCAGGUGUACCUGUUGGUGCUCGAUAUUUCUUAUGCAUAUUACCGAAUGCAGGUCUUAUGUUUUGCCUACAAGUCGUCUUACAAUAUGAACGAAGAGGAGUUGGAAUAACUACAUUUAAUCAACUCUAUUCAAAUGUAUUUUCAUAUCCAUUAUAUAUUGGUAUAUGUCUUCUUCUGAUGCUUAUUUAUUCUGUCAUUUAUUUAUUCUUGGCAAUCUAUGUUGAACGAGUUAAUCCAGGUGAAUUUGGUGUUGCACAAUCAUGGAAUUAUUUGUUCAAAAGAUCUUAUUGGAAACCUAGUGCAACAUCAGUUGUGAAACCAUCAAAUAGUAAUGGUCAUAUAGGCGAUGGUAAUACUAAUUGGAUUGAAAUGAGCUCUAUGAAGAAUAAGAAAGAUCCAUCAUUAAUAAUAUCACAUUUGACAAAAAAAUUUGGAAAAUUUGAAGCAGUGUCUGAUUUAUCAUUGAAAUUCUAUGCAGGUGAAGUAUGUUCAUUAUUAGGUCAUAACGGCGCAGGAAAAACAACAACAACAUUUAUUCUUGUUGGUAUGUUAGAAGCAACAUCAGGACAAGUGACAAUUGAAGGAUUAGAUAGUCGAGAACAUAUUCAAGAUAUUCGAAAAAUUCUCGGAUUCUGUCCACAAUAUGAUAUUCUUUAUGAAGAAUUAUCAGUGAAAGAACAUUUGGAAUUGGUUGGAAAGAUGCGACAUAUGAAACCAGACGCAAUGAAACAAUCUAUUGAUAAUAUUCUUCAACUUAUUGGACUAGUUAAUGAUCAACAAACACUUUCUAAAAAUCUCUCAGGUGGUAUGAAAAGACGUUUAUCGAUCGGCAUCUCAUUUAUGGGUGAUCCAAAAAUUCUCAUUCUUGAUGAACCAACAAGUGGCAUUGAUCCAUAUAAUCGUCGUUUGAUUUGGACAAUCAUUCGAAAAAUGAAAGAAUCAGGCAAAUGUAUUAUUUUAACAACUCAUUUUCUGGAAGAAGCUGAUGUUUUAUCUGAUCGAAUUGCUAUCAUGACAAGUGGACGACUUCAAGCAAAUGGAACACCUGAUUUUCUGAAAAGUCAAAUAGAAUUCGAAUAUCGCUUAUUUAUUGAUAAGCAAGAAACAUAUCCAAAUGAACGUGUAACAGUAUUCAUUCAAAAAUAUCUUCCAAAUAUUGUAUUAGAGAGAGAAUCAUCAUCAGAAAUGGUGUUUGGAAUAAGAAGAAAUGAAUCUAAAAAAAUUGGACGAUUAGUUCAUGCAUUAGAUGAAGAAAAAUUGAAUAUUGGCGUGGAAAAUUAUGGACUAUCGAUGACAACAAUUGAAGAAGUAUUUUUAAAAUUAAUUCGUGAGGCAGAAGAAGAGGAGAAUGGUUGUCAUGAUCAAGCUAAAUCACAAUUUGAACUAGCAAAUAGAGUUUUUCGUAUGGAACACAAGCGAGAAACAGGUAUUACUAAGUUCUGCUAUCGCAUCUGUGCAUUACUUAUCAAACGAAUACAUGUCCUUCGUCGACAAUAUGUUUUUUUAGUGGGAUUUUUCUUAUUUCCAAUACUUAUUGAAAUUUUGAUGGUCAGCGUGUUUCCAUCUCCACAAGAUGUUCAAGCAUCACUUGUACAAAAUAACCAUGUUGCAGGCGCACAAGUUACAUUCCAACCAUCGAUUUACAAUCCACAAACCAUUGUUACUUAUGCUAAUAAUAAUGGAAGUAAUGCAAGAACAAAUCUCAUGAAUUAUCUUCAGAAUACAGGUGCAACGAUUGAUGAAAUAUCAUCUGAUACUGUACUUAGUUAUACACAAAAUCGAUAUUAUGCAAGUGAAGAUAUUUUUGUUAAUAAAUAUCAAAUAGCUCUUGCUCUUUACAAUAAUCUUACAUCAACAUCACCUUCAUUAACAUUUAAUAGUUAUUUUUCAACAGUUAACUAUCAUGCAAUGCCAGUAAGUCUUAGUGCUGCUUCAACAAAUCUUUUUCAGUUUUACGCUAACUCAACAACAAAGAAAAUUACAACUACAAAUCAACCAAUCAUAACUACAUCAACAACAUACACAGCUCUUGAUCGAUUUUUUGAAAUUCUAUAUUGUUUUGAUACACUACCAUUAUCAUUAUUUAACUUUAUCAAUAGUAUUGUUGUGUCAAUAUUUAUUAGUAUACUUAUUGUACCAUUAAUUCAAGAGCGUCGUAGUCAUUCAAAAGAUUUACAAUUAUUAACAAAUCUAAGUAAACGAAGUUAUUGGUUCUCAAAUUUCAUCUGUGAUAUAUGUUCCUGUUUUAUACUUUGUUCUUUUUUAAUAAUUAUUGUUAAGAUCGGUGCAGCAGCUAAUCCAAAUAUUCAAUCUGAAGUUCAUAUUUAUAUUAAUUAUUCUCAAUCAUUAUAUUUUUUUGCCACGAUCAUGAUGUAUUCAUUGGCUUCAUUACCUUUAAUCUAUGUUUAUUCAUUUAGUCCAAAAUCUGAAUUGAUUGGUUUUAUUAAUUUUUUUGUCAUUAACGUAGUUGCAUGCUUUCUUGACAUGGUACUUGCUUUUAUGGGAUUGUUUUCACAGAGUCAAUCCACAAAUGCCACUCAUGUAUCCAAAUUAUCAUCUCUGGUGUUGAAUAUUCGAUGGGCUGUUGCAGUUCUAUUUCCAUCUGUUAAUUUCAAACGUUCGUUAUUUAAUAUCCGUUUGAGAUCAAAUCCAGACUGUGUUUCAGCAAUGAAUUCAAUAAUGUUUACGAAUUAUUCUGCUACAGAACCAUGGACAUCGCUUCGUGAACCAGGCAUCGGUAUUGAAUUUGUUAUCUUUUGUGUCCAAAUAUUAUUUUGGUGGAUUAUUUUGGCUAUAAUUGAAAAUAAAGUUAAUAUAAAAUUAGCAUGCGGACAAUGCUGUUGCUCUGAAAAUGAAUCAGAACAAGUAGGUGGACAAAAUCAAUUGAAUAAUGAAGGUGGAGCAAUAGGAACAGCUCCAUAUCAAUGGAGCGAUGCACAUUUAGAUGAAGAUGUUAGAAAUGAACGGCAGUCUAUAUUACGUGAGAGUACUUCAUCAACUUCAUCUGUUGUUCUUGUUCGUGAUCUUGUUCAACAAUUCAAAAAACGAAAAAACAAAUCAUCCGAUCAACGCAUCUACACAGCUGUUGAUCAUCUCAAUUUUCGUGUCACAAAAAAAUCUUGUUUUGGGGCAAAUGGUGCUGGUAAAACAACAACAUUUAGAAUGUUAAUCAAUGAUCUCAAACCAGCAUCCGGUGAUAUUUUUAUUAAUGGUAAAAAUAUUAACAAAAUAGAAAGAGAUCUUGAAAUAGGUUUUUGUCCACAAUUUGAUUGGCUCAUCAGCAAUCUUACUGUGAGAGAAACAUUAACUUUAUUUGCUAGAUUAAAAGGUUUAAAAUGGUCAGAAAUAUCAGAAAUAUGUGGUGAUAUGAUUAAUCUUUUUGGUCUUGAACCAUAUGAACAUCGAAGAAUAGAAAGACUAAGUGGUGGAAAUAAAAGAAAAGUGAGUGCAGCACUGGCAUUUAUGGCAAAUCCUGCUUUGGUAUUUUUGGAUGAACCAACAACAGGUUUAGAUGCUGCUGCCAAGCGAAAGUUAUGGAAUGUCAUUCGAGCAGCUCGUGAUAUAGGUUUGACUAUUAUUCUAACAAGUCAUAGUAUGGAAGAAUGUGAAGCAUUAUGUACAAAGAUAGGAAUAAUGAAAUUGGGUCAAUUUAUGUGUUUGGGAAAUUUGCAACGAUUGAAGAAUCGUUUUGGAAAUGGAUAUGCUGUCCAAGUGAAACUUCCAUUACAAGAUGUGAAUGUAUUCAAAGAAGAAUUGAUGUUAACUUUACCAGGAGUUCAAUUUGAUGAACAACAUAAUGGAAUGCUGUUUUGUACUGUACCAUUUGCUUCAAUAAAUCCUACGGAAAGUUAUACUAGUGCAUCGUCAUUUAAUCUGGCACAUAUAUUUGAUUUAUUCAAUAAAAAAGCAGAAGAAAAAUCGAUUGAAAGUUAUUCAAUAACACAAACAACACUCGAACAAAUAUUUGUUCAUCUUUCUGGAGAAGAUCAUACUACUGAUGCUAAUAAAAAGAAGAAAAAGAAAUAA